AUGGGAUAUAGAGGGUUUGGCUUAGAGCAAUUAUCUCCACCGUCUAAUAGGCCGUUUAACCAACUAACACAAGAUGAACAGGCAGAAAAGGGUGCUCAAAUGAUGUUAAAUUUCAUGUCAUCAUGCCCUGGGAAAUUUGCAGUGUCUGGUGUUACUGGGUUUGCACUUGGUGGGGUAUUUGGGCUAUUCAUGGCAUCCAUGCAAUAUGAUACACCGCUUCAUACGUCUUUACCAGGAGUUCCAAAUGCUGUUAAAAAUAUAUCUGACUUACCAUUCAAACAGCAAGUUAAGUUACAAUUCGCUGAUAUGGGAAAACGGUCGUGGUCCAGUGCCAAGAAUUUUGGGUACAUGGGUAUGAUUUAUUCCGGAGCUGAGUGUGUAAUUGAAUCCAUUAGAGCUAAGAACGAUAUUUAUAACGGGGUUUGGGCAGGCUGUGUGACAGGCGGAGGACUGGCAUACAAAUCUGGUCCCCAAGCUGCUGCAUUGGGUUGUGCAGGGUUUGCUGCGUUCUCAACUGCUAUAGAACUUUAUAUGAGAAGUGAAGAUGGCGCCCCACCAAAGAACGAUUUUGAUGCAUGA